GAAAGGAAGGAGAGCUCUGGAUUCUGGAGCUCAGCGCUUUCCUUGGUUGGUGUUUGGGAUUUAUCUGUGGUCGCUGUGUGCGAUCCCUGCUCAGCUUUUGGGAUUAGGGGAGCAGGAUCGCAGCUUUGCACAUGUGGAGAGGCUGCUGAAUGAAGGCAUUGGGGAUACCAGCACUACUACUACUACUACUACUGCUACUACUACACAGGGAUCUAUAGUACUGCAGGUGCUGAAUCUCAAGGCAGCCCUAAGAAAGUGCAGCUACGCCUUAAGGAGCUGUCCAGCUACUCUCCUCCAGAGCCUGUCUCCGCAGGACACUACAGUGUGAGGCUUAGAUCUCACCAUGGGCUGCUGCACAGGAAGGUGCACGCUGAUUUUCAUCUGCACUUUACAGAUGCUGGCAGCAUUGGAGAGGCAAAUAUUUGACUUUCUUGGAUACCAAUGGGCACCAAUCCUUUCAAAUUUUCUUCAUAUUAUUGUCGUUAUAUUGGGAUUGUUUGGCACUAUACAGUAUAGACCGCGAUACAUAGUAGUGUACACAGUCUGGACAGCAUUUUGGGUAGCGUGGAAUGUAUUUGUCAUCUGUUUCUAUUUGGAAGUAGGAGGACUCUCUAAGGAGACAGAUCUUAUGACAUUUAACAUUUCCAUUCAUCGCUCAUGGUGGAGAGAACAUGGGCCCGGCUGUGUGCGACGGGUGGUGCCUCCUCCAGCCAGCAGGGACCUUGGAGAUCACUCGUUCAUCUCGGUGACAGGAUGCAUCAUUGAGUUUCAGUACCUAGAGGUCAUCCACAGUGCUUUUCAGAUACUCCUGUCUCUCAUCGGUUUUGUCUAUGCCUGUUAUGUGAUCAGUGUUUUCACAGAUGAAGAAGACAGCUGUCGGCAUAAGUGAUGUGGAAAGAAUUUCAAAGAUUUGGCGCUCUUAUCCUACCAACCACGGAAGAUAAUGGAGGAACAGUCACCGAUUUUUCAUUGUGAAUGGGAACAUUUUAUUCAGGAGAUUGACUUCUGACAAUGCAACAAUACAAGCCGUUACCGUCUUUAUAAGUGAUGGUUAUGAUUUCUAGUAUUAUUUGAGUUACCCGGACACUUGGAGACACUUGUACAUUUUUUUCUCUAUUCUUUGUAGCAUGAAAACAAUGGAUCUGUUGAAAAGUGGUGUUUUCAGUAUGGAUGGUGGGUAUUUUUUUUUACCUCCACAGACAUACAGGUAAUGUGAUGAACCAAGAGUGUACGCAACUAUUAUUUUGAUUUUGAUGUGAAGGAAGACAUAUACUUUCAGAAUGUACUAUACAUUAAAAAAAUAAUCGAAAAAAAAAAAUCAAAUGUACUGUACAACUACACAGAAUAGUAGGGUUAUCUGUAUGCUGAGUAAAGUGGUGCAUUUUAUUUCUUACACAAGUUUACAUGUUUUUAAUACUCUAUUAUUCAGCAUCUGUGAUAAAUGCAUAGCUGUAAAUAAUAAAAUAAAUAGAAACUGCUUUCCUGUAUUUUACUUGAGAAUAUGUGAAUUAUUGAUUAAUGUGUUUUUAUAAUUUUUGUGUUAAAAUUUGUAGAUAUUUAUACUUUACAUAAAAAAUUCACCCAGGUAUUUGAGGCGCACAUUUCCUUUAGAUAUUAUCAAUAUAGACUGUCCAGUAGUAUAUGCCCUCUGUAUGGCAGCUGCAAAGACCAGAAUACUGUCUUCAGGAAAAGAUGGAGAACUAACCCUACCUCUUAGACAAGUAAGUGGCAGAGGAAAUGUAUGUCUUAUGCAGAAUCUUUUUUAAAGUAUAUAGUCCUCCAAUCUUCCCUUAUACCUGUGAUCAAAUAAGAUUACUCUGAGAUGACUCUGAUCAUGCCCCAGUCUGUGGAGUAGAUGAGGAUGAGGGUUUCCCUGGCAGGGAUGCCCUUGUCUGUAAAAAUCCAACUUCUGGAUUUCAUCAAAAGAAGACACAAUUCUUGUUUUCUUUUAGUGUUGUUAUUUUAACACACACGAAAGAAGCAAAGGUGGUUGCAAAGGACAACACGUUUCAAAGGGUCAAUUCAUCAGGUCAAUUAUGCUCCAGUCUGCAC